CCAUCACCAUCAGCACCACCAACGAUGACAAGUUCAAGUUCAAAUGAUGCACUCUUACUAUUCUCAACGGCCAUCUCAUCCUCACCAAACUCAAUUCAACAACGUAAAACUCUCAUUCAACUUAAAAAUCAAUUCGAUUCAAAUCCUGCUUUAUUGCCGAUUCUAUAUCCUUCUUUAUUAUCUCUCAUCUCAUCUCAAUCAAAUCAUCCUUCGAUCAAAAAAUGGGUAUCUUCAAUAAUCGAAUUGGCUAUCUGUAGACCUAAUCUAAACUUAUCAUCUGAUCAAAGAUUACAAAUUAUAAUUCAAUCUACAGAAACUAUUCAUAAGAUUUUAAAUUCACAAGAUCUAGAACCUAAUUCAGAUUUAAUCGAAUCCAAGAAAUUCGCAAUCCAAGCAGCCACCACAUCAUAUCCCAUCAUCUUUAAGUUAAUCAACACAAAAUCAACUUCAGAUCAUACAAGAACUUGGACAUUCAUCAAUCAAACCAAAUCAAUCAUCUUAUCAAUCUUUAGAUCAACUUCUCAAAACGUUCCAUUAGGAUUAAAAAUCACUUCAAUCAAAUAUCUUCAAAGAUUAAUUCAAGUCGGAACCAAAGGUGGUUCAGCUGAUCCUAGAAAACGAUCAGAAGAUCCUAGUAUCUCAAUGUGUUCUGCUAAUGGAAAUUCAUUCAUCAAACCAAAAGAAAUUGAACAAGAAUCUAAUUUAUUAUUAGAGGAAUUGAUUAGGUUACUUUAUCAAACUAAUUCACCGGAGAUAGCAUCAGCCAUCAUCGUUACUACAGGUACAUUAGUACGACAUCGACCCACCCUAUCCACCACGAUCAUAAACACCUUAACUUCCUACAUCCCACCUUCCUCACCACUUGCCCAUAACAAUAAACCAGGACUUCAAAUCAAAGGAGUCGAAAAAACACUACGGAUCACCUUAUCACAUUUAGAAAGACAUACACCAAGUCCACAAAUCAGAGAAGCUUUAGUAAACCAAUUGAAAAGAUUAGAAGAAUUAAAUGAAAAAGAAAAAGAUCGAAAGAGGCGAAGGAAAGAAGAGGAUGCGAGUGCCAAGAAACGAGCCAAGAGUGGGAAUACGAUGGUGACCCCUGUUGCUCAACAACCUACUGUUGUGGAAGAUCAUGAAAGGAAUCAAUCACAGUUACAAGGAUUUGAUGUGACUAGUCUUGGAUUAGAAUUAGUGGUCGAACUUGUGAUUGCUAAUUUACUUGCAUUGGACGAUCAAACCUUACAUGAAGCCAUGGCUAGCUUUAGGUAUACCCCACCUACCCCGAAUAAUAUCCCCGAUCAAUCAAUCCAACCUACAGCCGCUUUACCCAUCCCAUCAAUGAUUUCUGAUCCAAUUACAAGGCAACCUCAAGUUCCGAUUCAUGUCUCGCCACCAACCACAAGAACUUCAACUCCAAUCCCAACGGGUUCACCUGUUAGACCUACCAUGGAACCCAUCAUUUCAAGUUCAGAUAUAGAUCCAGAAGAAGAAAUCAUCAUACCGAUCAUAGAAGAAGAAGAAGACAUAGAAGAAGAAAAAGAAGGCAUCAUAAGCAAAUGGGAACCUGAAUCUCCUUUAUUUCUUAAUGAACCAAAUCGUAGAUUGUUAUUGAAAUUCACUCUGGAUCGAAUUGCUAUGAAGGAAGAUGAAGUGGGUCAUGAAGGGGUUUGGUCUACUCUUUUGGCUAGAUUGGUUACUAGAGGUAUGGAUGGUGGUGGGGGUGAAGGAGGUGAAGAAGUUGAGGAGAGAAGAGAAGAUGUGAGAGCUGCACUUUUUGGAUUUGUUAUAGCGGAUUUUCCAAAACGGAUGCAUUUUGCGAGGGUUUGGUUGAUGGAAGAAUGGCUUGCAACACGGAAACAACAAGUUGAUGAAUACCCUCACUCGAUAGGAUUCACAAGUAGUACUACAAGUAUUGGAAUGAAUGCAUAUGAUAGAUGGUUAGGACAUAUACUAGAUCAUAUUUUAACUCUUAGUACUAGUACUAAUUCUCAAGGAGAAAGGAACACACGACAUUUAUUAUCACAAUUCUUAUUAGAUUUACCUAACUUACCUGAAAAAGAAUUGAAUAGAUUAGUCGAUCUUUGUGAAGAACCUGAGAUGUUGACGAUUGGAUUUACAUCUUUAAGAGAAAUCACCAGUUUGCGACCUACACUUAGGUUUAAGACUUUAGAUUUGUUAUUAGGAUUGACUACACAUAAGUCUAGACAAACUAGAAAUGCAGCUAUCGUUAGUGUUAAAUCUUGGGUUGGUUCAUCGGGUAGAGAAUGGAAAGUCUUGGGAGAAAGAGUGGUUAGUUUUGCCAUCCAAUUGGUACAAAGGUUAGAAGAAAAUAAUGAAGAAGAAGAAGAAGAAGAAGAGUUACAGACAGAAGAGAAUUUAGGUGAUGGAGAUGAAGGAAUGGAAGAUGGUGAAGUCAAUGGAAAUGAUCAUGGAGUUCGAUUUGCUGUAGUUGAAAAUGCGGUCUUACAAUCUGGUUUAGGUAAAGCUAAAGAUGAAGAAACUGUUGUGAGACAUCUUGAGUUACUUUUGGCUUUAUCAGUUAAGAAUCCGGAUUUAUUGGAUCAUCUUUUUCGAGUUUAUCCAAAUGUAUCACCACAUAUCAGAGAUUGUGUACAACAACUUAUUACACCAUUAAUCCGAUCACUGGGAGCCAAACAUCCGAAAAUAGUUUCAUUAAUUGAAAAUUGUCAAACCGGAUCCGAAUCCUUAGUUUUAAGAAUUUUAAAUAUCUCGACCGAAAAAGGAGGUAAACCACCGCAAGUGAUUAUAGAAGCGAUUAAAAAUUUAGCAAAUACAUCGACUAACCUUUCACCCAGAUUUAUUAUACCAUUGAUUGGUGAAUUAAAUAAAGAAGAGAUUUUAUUUAAUUUACCUAAGAUCUUAAGUUUAUUGAAUGGUACCUUACAAGAGAAAUUAGAAGUGAAAUCUGUAUUUGAAUCGAUUAUCCAAUUACCACCUAAUAAUUUCGGAUCUGUUUCAACUAAUGCACCUAGAAUCAAUCGAGGUAAUGAAGUUUUAUUAACACCGGUUGAACUUUUAGUGAAAUUACAUCAGACUGAUGAUUCAGGUGGUAAGAUUUCGAUCAAACAAGCUAUUGAAGCUAUUGGACUUUGUUUUUCGAUGACGGAGAUCUUCAAACCUGAAGUUUUGGCGGCUUUUAUGCAACAAGUAGUAGAUGAAAUGACUUUACCUACUUUGUUUCUUAGAACAGUAAUCCAAGCCGUUCAAACUUAUAAAUCAUUACAACCAUUUGUUUCUACAACACUUUUGUCUAGAUUGAUUAUUAAGAAGAUUUGGACGAUUGGACAACUUUGGGAAGGGUUUAUGAGAUGUUCAAAGAUCAUUGCACCUCAUUCGUUUGGAGCACUUUUACAAUUACCUAGAGAACAAUUAAAAGAAUUGGUGGGAAAACAAGGUGUAUUGAAAGCUCCAUUAAGAGAAUAUGUGGUUAAGAAAGCGGGAAAUAAUAAGAGUAGAGUGAUGGGGUUAUUGGAAAUCUUGUCUGAUACUCCUACCACACCUACUACACCAUUACCUACCACCCCUACUACGAUUACGAAUAAUGAUGGGAAUCAUGAGGGUAGUAUGGGUAUUGAAGGUAGUGGUACUCGUUGUGAAUUAGGAUUAGAGAAUGGGAAAGAAGAUGAAAAGGUUGGAGAAGUAGAAAAUGUUGGAGAUGAAAAGGUUACAGAAGAAAAGGUUGGAGAAGUAGGAAAGGUUGGAGAUGAGAACAUCACAGAAGAAAAGGUCGGAGAAGAAUCGGUUGGAAAUGAAAAGGUUGGAGAAGAAACGAUUGGCGAUGAAAAAAUUACAGAAGGAAAGCUUGGAAAUGAAGAAGAAGAAUCUAAACUUGAGAAAUGUAAAGAGAAUGAAGUUGAAAAAGUUAAAGAAUUGAAUGGUUUAGUAAAUGAUACUGAAGAAAUUGAACCUCAAACUCAAACAGAAGUUGGAAUUGGAGCAUCCAAGUCAGAAAGAGAAGGUAAUUUGAAUCUAUUGGAAUCUAAUUCUACUAUUAAUACAAAUCAAUCGGAUCCUAAAAGUUUAAUUUUAGCUGAUGUGGGAUAAUCUUCAAUAGAAAUCAAAACUCAAUUUUAGUGUUUUCCGUUUGUUUUGUGCUUUUUUUUGUGUUUUUUUUCUGGUGUUUAAGUUCUUUGUUUUUAUGGAUUUUUCUUUUUUGAUUAGGUUUUUUUUGGGGAUAUAUAUAUAUGUUUUGAGAUGAAAUUUAAAUUAAAUUGAAAUGAAAUUAUAUAUAUAUAAACAACAGG